AAUCAACAUGAGAGCUGUCCACGAUGUAUUGGUGGCUGUUAACAAACGACUCCCUGCCACCAAUCACUGGCUCAUUUUCAUCUGUUCUGUACCAGUGGCACUCGCGUGCGGUACCCUUUUUGCCUACUCUGUAUACUCCACCCAGUUGGCAGAACAGUGCCAUUUGACCACCAGCCAAUCGUCCAGUUUGAAUAUCAGUACCGUGAUAGGAUCUGCUGUGGGAGGACUUCUCGGCGGCAUUUUGACAGACACCUACGGUACCCAGAUCCCCAUGUUGAUCAGCUGUGUCUGUGUUUUUCUGGGUUAUAAAUGGUUAUAUGAGUUGUACUUGGCAGGUGCACAUAGUUCCGUAUCGAGCCUUGUGACAGCCAUGUUUUUAAUAGGGAUCGGAUCGACGGCCGGGUACUUCAGCGCCAUCAAGGCGGUGGCCAUCGAGUUCCCUAACUUCAAGGGAACGGCCCAGAGCAUCACCAUAGCGCUGUUUGCCAUUUCAGCGUUGCUUCACCUGUAUCUUUCCAGUCGCGUGUUUGACGGAGAUGUCGCCAGUUUCUUGAACUAUUUGCAUAUUAGCACCGGUCUCAUGAUUUUCAUUGGGUUUUUGUUUGUUCGGGUAGAGGGCCACUACAAGUCCAAGUCCGAGCUGGAAGAUGAGGUGAGUCUCAUGCAAACACCUGAUUUAAUUCCUUCGGAGUCAGCAGACGAAGUGGCUGCAAAAGUAGAUUUAAAGCACCAGGACUUAAAACACUCCUUGUUACACCCAAUCUUCUGGUUCCAUUUCGUGGUAUUCUCCAUUGUUCAGGGCUUGGGACAAAUGUACAUUUUCGAGGUGGGGUUUGUGGUCAAGGCCGUGUACAACUAUUAUGAUGAUGAUCUGAUCGACUUGCACCAUUUGCAAGCGAUUCAGGUGUCACUUAUAGCGGUGUUUUCGUUCCUCGGCCGCCUUUCAUCGGGGCCCCAGAGCGAUUACUUGGUCCAUAAGUUACACUGUCAAAGGCAUUGGAACUUGGUGAUGGGCUUGUGCAUUAUGCUUGUAGGACACCUUCUCAACACCCUCAAGUUAGACCAUUUCGCGGCCUCGCUCCUGGGGGCCAAUGUGUUUUUGCUGGUGGUAUCGUCCAUUAUCGGCUACGCGUACGGGUUCAGCUUCACCUGCUACCCGGUGAUCAUCUCCGACAUUUUUAACAUGGAAAACUACAGUUUCAUCUGGGGUUUGAUGUACUCCAGCACUGCCUUUGGCUUGACCCUCAUGUCUUCGAUGUUCGGACACAUUUAUGAUGCCCAUUCAAAGUACAAUGAUGCGGGUGAAUACGUGUGCACCGAAGGAUCGGGAUGCUACGCGGAGACGUUCUCUAUCACCUGCGGGCUUGGUGCAGCUGUGAUCUUUUUAAUUCUUGCGUAUAUUCGCUAUUCAAGUAGAUCUUAGAUAGAAUCGCGAAUUUUACAAACACUUAUGACGAGGCCUAUUUCCAUAGAUGAGCUAGUCAAAAACGACACACCACGGUUCAUCAAGAAACGCGACCGAGUGUCGAAGCCGGAAGCCAAACUUGUGGUGAAGCCAAAGAAAAUCGAACUGGUGGUUCAAAGUGACCAACUUACACCUGAACCAACUAUCAUCACCCAAAACAAGAAACCAAUAAAAACCCAGUUCAAUUUCGACUGGGACCAGUCAGAUGAUACCUCUCGCGGUUACACACCUCUACUAGAGCUUGACGACUUUGACGACACUCUUCCACCACCGUCUGUCCACUGGUCAGCAAAGAGUUUACAGGAGAUGUCUGAGUCAGACU